CGAGCACAACGGACGGAUUGGGUUUCUUAGCAACCAGGAUACGCCUUUACAUCAUGUCCAAGUAAAUGACCAAACAGGAAAACAUGUUCCAAGUAUUUACAGUCUCGCCGUGCAGCUCCAUAUGAAUUUGCGCGCAUACCUGGAGUUUCCGUGAGCAUCACGGAUGAGACAACGCUGGAAGCGCGAGCUUUCAGGGAAGCAACUUUACUCUUUACUUUUAGAAGCUGGAAUCGGUACAAAAAAGGUAAUUUUGAUCGAUCGAUAUAUCUACGUCUUUUAUCUAGUUUGGGACUACUCAACAAUGACUAAGCGAUGGGGUCAUUCGCAUGGAUUUUUGAUCUACCUUUCUCUGGUGGCUUUUUGGCGUGGACGCUCUGAUGCAGACGUGUCAGGCUCAGAUGCCUUUAAAAACAACAUUACACUCUUCACACGGAUUUUGGACCGACUGCUUGAUGGCUAUGACAACAGAUUGAGACCUGGUCUCGGAGAUCGAGUAACUGAAGUAAAGACCGAUAUCUACGUGACCAGUUUUGGGCCAGUAUCAGAUACAGACAUGGAAUACACAGUGGAUGUGUUUUUCCGCCAGCGCUGGACAGACGAGCGUCUGAAGUUUCACGGGCCAAUGAACAUCCUGCGUCUCAACAACCUGAUGGCCAGUAAAAUCUGGACUCCAGACACUUUCUUUCACAACGGCAAGAAGUCGGUGGCGCACAACAUGACUAUGCCCAACAAACUUUUGCGCAUUAUGGAGAACGGAACUCUGCUGUACACCAUGAGGUUGACAGUGCAAGCUGAAUGUCCAAUGCAUCUUGAGGACUUUCCAAUGGAUUUCCACUCCUGUCCACUAAAAUUUGGCAGCUAUGCUUACACGUUAACAGAGGUCACAUACGUUUGGAAACGUAAUGCCACCUUAUCUGUGGAAGUAGCUCCAGAUGGAUCUAGACUCAACCAAUAUGACCUAAUGGGGCAGACUGUCGGUAAGGAAACCAUCAAGUCCAGCACUGGUGAAUAUACAGUGAUGACGGCCCAUUUCCAUUUGAAGAGGAAGAUUGGAUACUUUGUCAUUCAGACAUACCUGCCCUGCAUUAUGACAGUCAUCCUAUCUCAGGUCUCUUUCUGGCUCAACCGAGAAUCUGUCCCGGCACGCACAGUUUUUGGUGUGACUACAGUGCUUACGAUGACCACUCUGAGCAUCAGCGCUCGCAACUCUCUGCCAAAGGUGGCCUACGCAACGGCCAUGGACUGGUUCAUCGCCGUGUGCUACGCUUUUGUGUUUUCUGCUCUCAUUGAGUUCGCCACAGUAAACUACUUCACCAAGCGCGGUUGGGCAUGGGAUGGCAAGAGCGUUGUCAAUGAUAAGAAAAAGGAGAUAUCUGUUGUGAAAAAGAAUAACGCUUACGCGGUUGCUGUGGCAAACUACGCACCCCACAUCGCUAAGGACUCGGCUCUGCCCACCAUCUCUAAGAGCGCAACAGUGGAGGCCAAUAAAACCCAGCCGGUGGUUAAAGAGGCGAAGAAGACCUUCAACAGUGUCAGCAAGAUUGACCGUAUGUCGCGCAUCAUCUUCCCGGUGCUUUUUGGCAGCUUUAACUUGGUGUAUUGGGCCACAUAUCUCAACAGAGAACCUGUUAUUAAAAACAUGAUCCCGUCUCAAUGACCCAUUAUCUAAUAUAUGAUCACACGCAGUGAUAAAAACAAAACCUGUGGUGUGUUAAAAAAGUAUUUCGUACAGUUUCCCUAGUGUCAUCAUUUUUAAGCCUGUCUUAAAAACAUCUUGAAACCUUUACACUGCCAGGAGCUGAAAGCAUCUUUAAUAGCACAAAUGAAUUUAUUUUCACAACUUUAUUUUUCUAUGUUGUCGGUGGUUUCUGAGUAUAAAAUUGAUUAUUUCGGUUUGUCUUUCUAUGCACUCUUUGUGCCUUUUAUAUUUAUGUAUGUUAUCUUAUUAUGCAUCAAAUUUAUAUUUAUACACCAAUCUCCAUUUUAAGUGAUAGUUAGUAACCAAACAUAUCUCAUCCCUCAUUUACUCCCAUAGUAUUUAUUUCCCCUUAUAUGGCAGUAAAUGGGGAAUGAGAUCUGUUUGGUUACUGACAUUCUUACAAAUAUCUUUAUUUGUGUUCAGCAGAACAAAGAAAUGUAUACAGGUUUGGAACAACUCGAGCCCGAGUAAUUGAUGACAGCAUUUUCGUUUUUGGGUGAACUGUCCCUUUAAGGAGGAGUGUGUAUAUGUUAAUAUUGCGGCUAAAUUAUCUCAUAUUAUUUCAGAUGUUCCUCUUUGUCAUGUUAAAAAUGCUUAAAAAUCAAAAUAAUAUAUGUCACAGCUAAACAACAAUAUGGAAGACAGUUAACCGAACCUUUAAAUUGACUGAUGUAGCGUUGAUGUAGCAUAGUCAGUUAAAUAUGGCACUUAACGUUCUUAGUUGACAUAUGUUUAUAUAUUAGCUUUUAUGAAGAUAGACACCAUUGCGCUUGAGCAAUUUAAUUCAGCGGCCUAUUUGUAAACACAAGCAAUGCAUCAACAAACAGCGUGCGCAUUGUUUAAUGAUUUAUUGAUUUUGUUUGAAGCACCCGAUGUAUUGUCUCAUCAAGUAUUGGUGGUGUUAAGUGGACACUUUGAUCAGUGAGCACAGUCUGCUGUGAAAUUUGCACUCUAUUUAAGCCACAUCGGUUCGGUCCAUGUCGAGUGCACCGCUGCUGGACAUUCAAAAUCAUGUGGGUACAUUUAGAUUUUGCUUGUGGUUAGGAUGAAACUAACACGGGUAUACCGAAAUCCAACUGUGUGUGGGCACUGUUUAUAGAUGUGUGAAUAUGUUGGUCUUACUGUAUAUGUGGCGAAAUGAUAAAGCUUCUAAGGUCACUGCCAAAGUACUUGGCCGGAGAUGUUCACAGUUACGUGUUAUAAUGUUGUUUAUAAUUCAGUAUAUUCUGUACAGACAAGGUACUGGGCUUUAUAAUGUGAUGUGUGCCUAAUGAUCCAAUGGAAACCAAAAUUUCACUUUAUUUAUUAUAUGCUAAAUAACACAAUCUGUCAUGAACAAUCACGUCAUGUGUACUUGCUUGAAUGAGCUACUAU